ACAAGAAAACUAAAGAGUCAAUCUAAUCUAUCUCCAUUUGAUUGGAUUCGAUGAAAAUGCCUGGUUGGUGGUCGUCCAAGUCGUUCGACCAAGCAAAGCCGUAUCUUGGAGUGAUCUUCAUGCAGUUCUGCUCGGCUGGGAGCUCCAUCAUCUCAAAGUUUGCUCUCAACCAAGGCAUGAGCCAGAAUGUGUUUGUUGUCUACAGAUACGCCAUCGCCACUGCUGCGAUUGCUCCCUUCGCGUUUUUCGUCGACAGGAAGGUGAGGCCAAAGAUGACACUAGGGAUCUUCUUCAAGAUAGCACUCCUUGCUUUCCUAGAGCCAGUGGUUGAUCAGAACUUGUACUACACUGCAAUGAAGUACACCACAGCGACAUUCGCAUCUUCGAUGAUCAGUAUCAUGCCUGCCUUUGCAUUCCUCAUGGCUUGGGCAUUGGGGCUGGAGAGAGUUAACUUGAGGAAGUUUCACAGCCACGCGAAGAUAAUGGGCACCAUAGUGACAGUUGGUGGAGCCAUGGUGAUGGCUUCCAUUAAAGGGGCUAGGGUUGAUCUACCAUGGACCAAAGGAGUUCUUGACCAUUCUUCUUCUUCUUCGGUUGCGCCAGAGCACCCUAUUAAGGGUGCUCUCAUGAUCGCAAUUGGCUGCGUUUGCUGGGCUGGUUUUGUCAAUCUCCAAGCAAUCACAUUGAAAUCGUACCCCGGAAAGCUGUCCCUGACGGCUCUAAUAUGCAUGAUGGGAGCAAUGGAGGGAUCGGUUGUGGCAGUUGGUCUGGAGUGGAAGAAUCCCUCGGCAUGGAAAAUUGGUUUCGACACCAAGUUACUAGCUGCAUUUUAUAGUGGGAUUAUGUCGUCAGGAGUACUGUACUCGAUUCAAGGACUGGUGAUGCAGAGAAAGGGACCGGUUUUCGUGACGGCUUUCAGCCCUUUGGUCAUGGUGAUCGUGGCCAUCUUGGGUUCCCUUUUCUUGUCUGAGAUUCUCUACUUGGGGAGGGUAUUGGGAGCAGUGGUGAUAGUGACAGGAUUGUACAUGGUGCUGUGGGGAAAGACUGGAGAUGACGAGAAAGGCAGCAAUGGUGGCAGUAUUACAAUUAACGACAAAUUAGUGGCUGCUGAUCAUCUCCCCAUUGCUGCUGUUGAUUCAUCAGUGGAAGACACGAAUGUAGAGAAGAUAGAAAGCAAGCAAAAACAUAUCAAUGGUGGUAAUAGUGGGGAAGGGUUUGUUUCCAUUGAGCUACCCAAGGUCUGA